AUGGGGGACAUGAAAACCCCAGAUUUUGAUGAUCUCCUGGCUGCCUUUGACAUCCCAGAUGCUACAGGGUUGGAUGCAAAAGAGCCUAUCCAAGAAGGGCAUGAUGAGACGCAUCUAAAACACCCGGGAGUAUCCGACAACGACAGUUUACUGAGUAAUGAAGCAAACUCUGAAGCAGAGAUUCCCACUGUGAGUGUGAUCGUGAAAAACACACAUCAGCAGGAGCCGUCGGAAGGUUUUGGAGACGGGCUUCACUCAGGACCAAUAUUGCCUAAUGGAUUUAAUGUACAAAGUUCAGGAGAUACUAUUACCAAAUGUGUCUUUGAUAAAUCAUUUGUCUCUGCUCUGAAUGGGGGAUUUUCAAGUGAAUAUCUGGGAAAGGCACCAAUUCAACACAAACCUGAUGCAACGCCACUGUUUUCCCAGUCACAUUCUCACUCGAGUCCUGAAUAUGAAGGGAGUUUAUUAACAAGAGACAAAGCCAAUCCCAAACAAGAGAGGUCAUGUUUCCAAGAAGAAUCCGAUUUGGAACCUUCAGCUGCAGACAAUCCACAAAAGUUAGAUCUUUGUAUUUUUAAUGAACUCCAGAAGGACAAUGAAUCACCUGGGCGACAAAGAGAGGAGUCACCUGACAGUGGUGUCAGUAAUGAAAUGCCAAUGGUACACAGUGGACUCCCUCAUCCAAGCAAUACCUUCAAUGAGACAAACAGCAGUUUGGGAAUCCCGGCAGAUGGUCCUGACUCAUUUUCUAAAAUAAAGUCGUACUCCCCGAAGGUGCCCUCUUGCCUUGAGGCUCUGGUGGCUCUCAAUGCUAGGAAGGAUCCCACCGAGCAAAUAAAGAGUCCAAGAGAGUCUCCUGUUAUUCACAGCGAUUGCAUGAAAUACAGCCCCAAGGUUUCCGUAUCCCCUCGUAGUCCUAUGAGCCCACUUGAAGCUGUGAAGCGCAUGAUGAAGCCCCCCGACAGCCCUGUUAGCAUUUGCAGUGACAGCAGCAGCAAAGCUGGUGGGUCGCCACCAGUACCCAAAGUCCGGAUAAAGACCAUCAAAACCACCAGUGGGCAGGUGAAGCGCACUGUUACCAGUGUACUGCCAGAUUCUGAAACGGAUGACGUCCACUCAGCCUACGAAUCCUCGCCAUCGCAGAGUUUGUUGAGUGAGGAUGGAGCGUAUUCUCCUAAAGUCUUACAAAGCAAAUCAGAGGAACGACCUAGGACUCCAACAGUAUUCCAGAAUUUACCUGUCAGAAGAUCACCUGCGUCUCAAGCAUGUACGCCAAAGAAAAUAUCUUCUUCUAAAGGACAUCGAGGAAGUCCUAGCACCCUUCCCAAAGCAGCGCACCUUGCUAGUCUAAACCUUGUCCCACAUAGCGUUGCUGCGUCAGUGACUGCCCGCUCUGCCUUGCAUCAAUCAAGCCAGAACACAUUCUCCUCAACUGUGUGCAGCACCGUCCCACUGGUUCAUCAGAUCAAAACUUGGCCACGAACAUCUGUCCAUAAUACAGCAGCCGACACAUUAAACCAGCUGCUGAACAAUGUUAACCCUGUACCCACAUAUGUGCCCAACCUGAACCCCCCGCCCAAGAGUGACAUACGCCUUCCGGCACGAGGCUACCGCUGCCACGAGUGUGGGGACUCUUUCAGUGUAGAACGUAGCCUCACGUACCAUUAUAACCGGAGGAGCGUCCAUAUUGAGGUGGGAUGCACGCACUGCGCCAAGACAAUUGUAUUCUUCAACAAGUGCGCCCUGCUGGCGCACGCCAGGGAGCACAAGAGCAAAGGCGCAAUGAUGCAAUGCACACAACUUCACAUGAAGCCCAUUGCGGAGGCGCAAAUGUUUGUACCUUUUGGUACCGAACCACUUAAAACGAAGUCUCGGUCUACAUUUUCACGCACGCUUAAGAGCCAGCCCGUCAUGCCUCUGUAUCCAGAUAACGCCAUCCGCCACAGAAUGCGGUGCUUAGAGUGCAACAAGCAGAUGUCGGACUUGCAAUCGCUCGCUGGACAUUAUCAAUCGCAGUCAGAAGAUACAAAAGAACUGUUUUGCAAGCUUUGCUCAAUGUUACUACCUAACAAGUGUAGUUUCAAGUCUCACCAGCGCAUUCAUGCACUCAAGCCCCCUUAUACCUGCCCCGAGUGCGGCGCCAUCAGUCGCUCAGCAGACAUUCAGAAGCACGUCAGGGAAAACUGUCUCCACUAUGCACGCAAAGCAUGGUUCAAGUGUCUUCACUGUGAAGUAGUUUUCAAGACCCUUCUCGGACAAAAGACGCACAUUGAGGAGAAACACUGCGCGGUUCUCCACAAGUGCUCCAUCUGCCUCUUGACCUUCAAAAGUGAAAACAGCUAUGAAGCUCAUAUGAAGGAUAAACACAGUGCUAGCAAAAGCUCUCCUCAGUUCGACUUCAAGUGCUCUUGUGGUAACAUUUUCCAAAAGAAAUGGUUACUCUUUCAACAUUUUCAUCAGGACGCCAACAAGCGUCUCACUUGUGUAUUUAAGUGUCCGGAAUGCAACUCUGUCUUCUCUCAAAAGCAGCCGUUGAUGCAGCAUUUUAAGAGUGUGCAUGGAGGAGAAGGGAGACUGGAGUCGGAGGUUAACGGGAAAAAAACGAACAGUAGUGUUUUGCACCAGGAUGCCAGUCCCAUUCAGGUCCCUGAAAAAAACAAGGAGGUUCCUCAAAAAAAGACAGAAAAGAAUGGUGGGCCUCGUAUGAAAUCAUCUGGUUGGACGUGUGGGGAGUGCCUUCAGUAUUUCCCUGAGCGAGACCUUUACGCGUCGCAUUUGAAGUCAAAGCAUGGGAAGUCAUAUAAGCGCUACGCCUGUGGACAAUGUAACCAGUCAUUCAACUCCUCUACUAACUUAAGAAGACACAUUCGCAGGACCCAUGACGGAAAAAAUAAAAUUUAUAGUUGUUGGUAUUGUACUGACAGAAAGACAACAUUUAGUAGCAUUGUACUGAUGAAGAACCACAUUAGUCUUAUGCAUGGAAUCAGGAAUCCUGACCUCAGCCAAAUGCCAAAAACCUCUAUCCAUGAAUGCAAAAAUGGUUUGGGCAAGGAUUCCCCGGAGGCUCCUUCAGCCAAGCGUGCAAAAAGAAAUUUCCACUGUUCCAAGUGCAGAUACAUCACGGAUGAUUACAGCGAGUUCCACAAACACAUAACUCAACAUAAAAGCGCAGAAAACACUCCUCAGUGCCUUCACUGUGGCCUGUGCUUCACGUCAAUGCUGUCCCUCUCCAGACACCUGGUCAUUGUUCAUAAGGGCAAAAAUCCCAAGGAAGAGGAGGAGGCUGCUGCAAAGGUCCGUCAGAGCAAAGCCAAUCCCGCCCAGACAGACUCUCAUUCAGGUCCCAUUGAGAUAUCAGAGCAGUAA